AUGAAGCGCUGCGUCGUAGCAGCCGUCGCGGCUUCCCUGUGUCCCUUGGCCGAGGCCGUGCUGGGGUUCCGCAACUUGAGUUAUAAGGUGAAGGAGGGGGAGCCAUUCACCUUGCUGUACGAAGGGUGUAACCAAGACCCCUGCGGCAUCUAUCUAGAGCGAAUGAUCUCCGACACUGGUUCUGAGACGCUUCAAACCAUAACCGAUCACGCGUCACACGGCAAGAAUAGUAACAUAACUUUUAUCCUACAGGGAAUACCCGCUGGCCAGUAUUACUUUACCAUCGGCGAUAUGCUGGGCGCACUCGUGAACAGCCCCGGGUUCUACUACAAGUCGUCGGCUGACCCGGACAAAAGCAUUCCUCCCUCAGCCUUGUUAUACACCGGCACGCCACCGCCUUCUACAUCAACCCGCACGACAACCGCAGAGCCUACAACAACAUCGCAAUCAGAAGAUGCGACAAUGUCCAUGUCUACAUCAUCCGCGCAGUCUACGCAGCCUCCGUCUCCCGUCACGCCCGGGCCCGUCGCCACAACAGCCACCCCCACGGCAACGGGGAGCCCAGAACCACAAACCUCGCGCCACCUGAGUUCCGGCAGCCUGGCGGGCAUCAUCGUCGGGUGCGUGGCCGCGUUCUUGUUCACGCCAAUAGCAGCCUUCCUAUGGUGGCGUCGGCGGAGGGGGCUCAAGCACGGCGGGAGCGAUGACAGUGACCCUGAUAGCAAGCAACCUCAGCUUCAGCCUCGAGGCGCAAGUCCUACGUCCUCAGCCAGAAAUAAGGAGCUCGACAGCCAGCCUGUUGCAGAGCUCUGCGGCCAGACCUGCUACGAGCUGCCAUCUGACAGUAGCUGGGAGCAUAAGCAUCACAAGCUUACACCAGGCUCGCUGUCGAGCGCGAUGGUGGACAGUCCGACGAUAUCAUUUUCCUCACUGGGUACCAGCGGGUUAUGUAUUUCGGAGGCUUCUCGAGGCUCGGGGACUGGCUCGCUCGGUCCUAUGCCGUCGGGUCCCUCUCCGGCAAGCAUGAACGCGACGCUGGCCAGCAUGGACUCUCCGACUAUCCCGGAGUUUCACAUACCCUCUUUCGCAGAGUCUUUCGGAGCCACCAUGUUUAGCGUGUCUACGAUGGGCGAAGGGGACACUGCUCCUGCGUCACGAUAUACGGCGCAGAGCAGAGGCUAUUCAUCCAUCACACGACUCUAA